AUGAGCCAUUCAACAGAAAACAUACAAUACAAAACUUCCUCUGUACUACACUACCAUAUAUAUAAUCAUCCCGUCUAAAAUUUGUGUUUUUUGUCGCAAUAAAAUUCUUGGAUAUACUUUGUUUCUCUCUACAAAAACAGCAGCAAUAUAUACAAAGUCCCUCUACACCCCAACUACAUACACACUGUAUCUAUCUAAUUCAUAACUCCCUCCCCCCCAAGUAUUGGCUAUAAAUUAAAAAGAUUGAAACUUUUCGUAUUUGCUCAAUCGCAUUUGACACACCCACAAAAGGGUUGAGAAUUAGGGUUGUUAUUCACCUUAAUUUGCUGUGGUUUUGUAUUCCUGUUGUGGGUUUCUCAGGUUCUUAAUUCCGUCUCUGUAUUUUCUUGAUUUCUGAUGUGCUUAAUGAAAAUUUGCAUGUGGGCAUGAGUAAUUUGUGAUGUUUUGAUGAUUUUAGAUUCUGGGGUUGAUAUAUUGGGUUGUUUUGUGUAAUGGGUCUGAAUUAUUAAGUUGAUUUGUGUUGGUUUACAUGGGUUUGUAUUGAAUUGAAGUCAGUGUGGAGCUAGAGUGUUCUAGCCUUUGGGGCGCUAUUUUGAUUGUUUGAAGUUGUCCCCAAUUGACUUUUACAGUUUAUGUAGUGUAAAAAGUGGAGGUUCUAGUUAUGUGUACUGGCAGUUUGGUUUUGUUCCGUUUGAAACUGGAUUUUGAGAGGAUAAAUAUUGGGAAUUUAGUUGUCGGAUAUUAAUUAUAUGUGUAGUUCUGUAUUGUCCGGGUUUAGCGGAAGGAAAGAAGAAGCUACAUUUGGAUUGAUACUGCCUAGACACAGAGUUUUGUCCAAUUUUGGUGAUGAUUUGCAUUAAUCAAGUGAAUACAACUUGGACUUUUCGCCUUCUAUUAGUAUGAUCGUAUUUGGCCCUAAUUAUGGAAAAAAAUGAGCCCACAUUUGUCCCUGAGUGGUUAAAGAGCAGCGGAAGUGUAACCUCUGCUGUUAGUACAAAUCAUCACCAAAUUGCGUCAUCAUCAUUACUAUCAGAUGAUCGUGCUACAUUAAAGUCAACAAGAAAUAAGUCAUCAAUAGAUGAUAUUAGUGCUCAUAAUUCAGGAAGUUCGCCCGUUUCUGAUCGAACAACAUCAUCCUACUUCCGACGAAGUUCUACUAGUAAUGGUUCUCAGUUGAGGUCUUAUGGCAGUUUUGGUAGGACUAACCGUGACAAGGGCUGGGAUAAAGAUACAAAUGAAUAUCAUGAUAGCGACAAGUUGAGGAUUGGCGAUCAUAGGCAUAGGAAUUUUUCUGAUCCAUUAGGGAGCAAUUUCUCGAAUAGGUUUGAGAAGGAUGGUUUAAAACGAACACAGUCUUCUAUAUCUGGGAAGUAUAAUGAGCCAUGGUCGAGAAAGGUAUCUGCUGACAUGAACAGUUUCGACAAAAGCAACUAUAACAAUGGAAGUUCCCUGCUUGCUGGGAGUAGUGCUAUUAGUACUGUGCGGAAAGCUGCAUUUGAUAGGGAUUUUCCAUCUCUCGGGGCAGAUGAAAGACAAACAGAUUAUGAGUUAAGAAGAGUCCCAUCCCCUGGACUGAGUACUAAUAUGCAAAACUUGCCAAUUGGAUAUUCUGCAGUGACUGGCGAGAUUGGGUGGACAUCAGCCCUAGCGGAGGUACAAGUAAAAGUUGGAGCCAAUGGCAUUAAUAAAUCAUCUGUUGCCCAAGCAGCUCUUCCAAGUUCAGCUUCUGUGGCAUCUAGCAUGACAAGUGGCCUCAAUAUGGCUGAAACUUUAGCACAGGGUCCCCCUCAUGUCCACGCUACUCAGUUUUCUGUUGGAACUCAGAGGCUUGAAGAGAUUGCUAUCAAACAGUCUAAGCAACUAAUUCCUGUGACACCUUCCAUGCCUAAAGCUUUGGUGUUGAAUUCUUCAGAGAAGUCAAAAACCAAGGCAGCCCAGCAGCAGCAUCAGACCUCAUCUACUCACCAUUUUAAUCACUCUCCACGUGGGACACCCAUGAAAUCUGAUAUGUCAAAGACGUCGAGCUUGGGAAAGCUUCAGGUCCUUAAACCAGCACGAGAAAGGAAUGAUAUUUCUUACCAAACGAAGGAUACCUUGAGCCCUACUAAUGCCAGUAAAGUACCAAAUAACCCACUGACUGCCGCUUCCUCAGUUGGCGUACCUCCUUCCUUGAGGAGUCCAAUUAAGAACCCAAUCGUUGCAAGUGGUGUGGUCCCCACAGUGUUGGAGAAGAAACCUUCAGCUCAACUUCGUAGCCGGAAUGAUUUCUUUAAUCUUGUAAGGAAGAAGUCCUUGACAAAUCAUUCUUCACCUGUUGUUGAUUCCGUCUCUACUGUGUCACAAUCUAUUCUGGAGCAGCCUAGUGAACAUAAGGCUGGUGCUCCGCCUCCAGGGGAAGAUUCUCUAUUGGCAAAUCAGUCUGAUACGGUCCAGUACAAAAUGAAUGGCUUGAUCAGCAACAGAGACGCCUGUGAUGGAACCCCAAAAUCUCCUGACAAUGGAGAGAAUGGAGAGACUCGUUCAAGCUCGGAUGUGAUACUUUGUUCAGAGGAGGAAGAGGCUGCAUUUUUACGUUCACUUGGGUGGGAUGAAAAUGCGGGAGAGGAUGAAGGUCUUACGGAGGAAGAAAUCAGGGAAUUCUACAGGGAUGCAAGUAAGUAUAUCAAGCCUCGGCCAUCAUCAAAGACUUCUCUGUGAACAAUUAUAAAGUUUUUGUAGCUCGCCAGUUCGCAGAUUCGCAAAUGAGAGUUUUAACCUACUAAAUGUCGCUGGGUUUAACCUUUUCAGUCUUAAAGAUGGUGAUUCUUCUUCUUCUACCUGUCGCCCCUGGUGUUAAAUAUUUAGAUGAAAAACUGAAGAGAGCAGAAGGGAGUUUACAGAUGAUUCUUGUUCAGGGAUCAGAAAGUCUUGUGAUAUAAUGUGCCUUCUUGACUUCUAGAACAUUCUUGAGAUUUAGAAAGAUCGAGAUACAAAAGUAGGAAUAGGUCUCUAUGGAACUGCCAAAGGAAAUUGCUUUAUUGUGCAAAAUUUGGAUUUUGGAUAGAUUUCAGUUCAUGGGUUUUUGGGGGGGAGGGGUUCAGUUCCAUAGUUAUAUAUAGAUUAUGAUUUUCAUUUAGUUUCA